CCCAGGCCUAGGCAGCUUGCGCCGCCGACCUUGCUAUUUCUUGGCUGCGAUGGCCUUGGUCGCCGGCCUGCGGGCCUUUGGGGCGAAGUGGCCCAGCUGGCUCAGGCGCAGCCCAUGGGCCCCUCUCUCCGCCGGCUUCUGCAGCCCGGGGUCAGCAAGACCCGCGGGGCCGGAGUCAGAGCCAAGGCUCACCAGCACGCGACAGCAGGACGGAAUCAGGAACAUUGUCUUAAGCAACCCCAGGAGGAGGAAUGUGUUGUCACUGGCCAUGCUGAAAUCUCUCCGAAGUGACAUUCUUCACGAAGCUGAAAGCGAAGACCUGAAAGUCAUUAUAAUUUCAGCCGAGGGCCCUGUGUUUUCAUCUGGACAUGAUUUGAAGGAGCUGACAGGUGCGCAAGGCCGUGAUUAUCACACUGAGGUAUUUCAGACCUGUUCUGAGGUCAUGAUGCUGAUCCAGAACCACCCGGUCCCCAUCAUUGCCAUGGUCAAUGGCUUGGCCACAGCUGCCGGCUGUCAGCUGGUUGCCAGCUGUGAUAUUGCUGUGGCCAGUGACAAGUCUUCUUUUGCUACGCCUGGGGUGAACGUUGGACUUUUCUGCUCUACCCCAGCGGUUGCCCUGGGGAGAGCCGUGCCCAGAAAGGUGGCCCUGGAGAUGCUCUUUACUGGGGAGCCCAUUUCCGCUCAGGAGGCCUUGCGCCAUGGCCUCAUCAGCAAAGUGGUCCCAGAGGAGCAGCUGGAGGAAGAGGCCACUAGAAUAGCAAAGAAGAUUGCCUCUUUGAGCCGCUCGGUGGUGGCGCUGGGCAAGGCUACCUUUUACAAACAGCUGCCACAAGACCUUAGCACAGCCUACUUCCUCGCCUCCCAGGCUAUGGUAGACAACCUCACCCUGAAAGAUGGGCAGGAAGGAAUUGAAGCCUUCAUCCAGAAGAGAAGACCCGUCUGGUCCCACUGAGCCAGCAUGAGGAGUGCUGAGUUAAUGGUCAGCUCUAGGAAGCCCCCUGCCCUCCCGUCUUCUCUUGCCCCAGCCACACUGCCGCCUCCUGGUUGUGGGAGAGCAAAGCCACCUUUCUAACUUGGAUGUUGGUUUCCCAGUGUGUGAUCUGUAUUAAAGGCCAUGGUUCUGUGGGAAACAGAUAACGGCGGAGGGAACGACUUGCUAGGUCAGUGGCCAGGUUAAUGUGCACAGGGGUGUGCGGGCCCUGACAGAAACCCCAGAACCUGAAGUGAGGAGCUGCCCCUACAGGUGACAGUGAAGUGAGGCAUGAAGGAAGGGUGCCACACUCCCCACCUCCCCACCCCCCACCCCCGCUCUUCUGUAGUUUCCUACAGACAGUCCGUUCCAGUUGCUCGUGGCAAGUUGAACAUUUCCAAUCUCCAUGAGAUCAUCUCCACACUGAAAAUCUUCUUGAUUCUACCAGGAAAUCAUCACGCCUGUGGCUUUGGAUUAAUCUUAUGUGAUUUGAAUAAAUUGAAUAUUUAUAGA